AUGUGCCCUUCCCUUCGAAACCGUAUUCUCGACCAAGUCGACUGGGACGCCUUACACGGAGGGCCGUACUGGCGCAUUCAGGGCUACCAGCCGUGGUACGCAUCUGACUCCUGCAAGACGGCCUUCAUCAUCCACGCUGAAGGAAAGAUCCCCAAGAUCUGCGGGUGGCCGGAGAAAGAGGAAAGUAAGGGCAAAGGAGACAGCAGGAAGAGCUCUACAACAAGGGAAAAGUCAAUGGAGGCCGGUAGUAGUACUGCAGCUUCGCUCAAGGGGUAUGGAUGCUAUCGCUGCCACACUAUCAAGCCUGAGGCCGCCUUCGAUAAGCUGCCUGACUACUUCGUCGUGUCGUCUGAAGGUUGUAUCGUCGGGCGGUACGCCGGCAAAGCCGAUGGUGACAAGGAGCAGUCGUGGCUCCCGACGCUACAGAACGGCGAAGGUCUCUUGCGUCGCUUCUGCAUCGAGUGCGGCGUUAGAGACGGCCUGUAUGAGAAGAGGAAGCUCAUCACGUCCUUGACGGAAGAGAGGUGGUCGGUCUGUGACUGUCGGCGUCUGCACUGGGUCCCGUCGAAUGAGUCGUACAUUGAGUGUGAGCACUGUCUCGUCAAGAGUGCUUUCAGACCUCCGGUGUGA